AUGCCCCCCGUCACUCGCUCCUCCAUUCGCACGAAGCCCGUCACUCGGUCGGCCGCCCACGCCAUGCUUGUCAACAUGCGGCGCCGAGCUGCUGUGACUUCUCGCUCAUCGGGCACGCGGACCGCAGUGACAGACGAAGAUAUGGAUUUGGUCGCGGCAUUCAGGAAGGAAGUGGGCUUCAAACCCUGGGUUAGGUGGGCGUCUCUGCUGGACAAAGUGCCGCAUCACCGCGACCGGCCGACAUACUGGCGGUACGUCGAUAGGUAUCAUAGGCAUGAUAUCCUAGCCCGCGUCGACGCACUCAAGCGCAAAGCCGGCGCGCACACUGCCCUUCCGUCAAGACGUCGUACCGCGCGCUCCUCUCGCUCCGGCCGUGCGCCGACCCGCCGUACCACGAGCUGUUCGCGCUCGACCGCUCCCAAGCGCGCCGCCCGCAGCGCUCGCGCCAUCGCCCACCCUCUCCCCACUGCCGAUAAGGCCGCAACCCAGCGGUUGGAACGCGCCGCUCGGAGCGAAGUCCGCAAUGCCCGGCGCAACGCCGCAGCUCUCGAUCUUCAGCAAGGUCGCGACGAUGCCGGUCUCAGCCCAGACCCCACACCACCGCCGUCUCCCCGCUCCCUCAGCGUUGAGCUACUAGAUGCGCCCGACGUUAAGCCCCUUUGGUUUCCCGACGAUCAGCGCCACCUUCAGGUAUUCGACGGGAUCGAAGAGGAAAUCGAGGCGUACUUGAAGAUACAGGCGGCUGAGCACUUCCGGUUAAACGCUGAUAGUUAG